CACACAGCCGUAAAGCAUUGUGGGUAGGUUACCAACGUCCUUGUCCUGUAGCAAGCACACACCGACUGUCUUCACGUUGGGAUCCCGCAGUCCACCUCUACUCCUAUUAACACCCGUCUGUCCCGCAGUAUGAUGGCAGCCAGGUUCCUCCGUCGCUCCGCGCCCAUGCUGAGGCAGGCCCGCUGCUACGCCGAGGCUGUCUCCGGAGGCCCCCAGAUGUCCUUCACGUUCGCCUCCCCGACACAGGUGUUCUUCCAGGGGGCGAGUGUAAAGCAGGUGGAUGUGCCCACCCUGACCGGGGCGUUCGGUAUUCUCCCUGCCCACGUGCCCACCCUUCAGGUGCUCAGGCCUGGUGUCGUCACGGUCUACAGUGAUGAAGGCGUCGGUGCUAAGUACUUUGUGAGCAGUGGGUCGGUGACGGUCAACGCAGACUCCUCGGUGCAGCUGCUGGCGGAGGAGGCCGUGCCCCUCGACCAGCUGGACAUCGCCGUGGCCAAGGCCAACCUGGAGAAGGCCCAGUCCGAGAUGGCCGCUGCUGUCGACGAGAUGGCCAAAGCCGCGGUGCAGAUCAGCAUAGACGCCAACGAGGCCAUCGUCAAGGCCCUGGAGUAGACCGAACCCUGGUGCGUUUUCAUGUUGGUUUAGAGAAACUGAAGGCAGUCCAUCUUUGUUUCCCUGGAGUGUUCAUGUCGGUGACCGCAAGAUCUCGUUGCUUGCUUUGUACAGUGGAUAAAAUUACUAAUAAAUGUAUUUGGAAGAAUA